AUGAAAGACCCUCACAGUGAAGCCCUGAUGAAAGACCCUCACAGUGAAGUCCUGACGAAAGACCCUCACAGUGAAGACCUGAUGAAAGAGAAACCCUUACAUGAAGACCCGACGAAACACCCUCACAAUGAAGACCUGACAAAACACCCUCACAGUGAAGACCUUACAAAACACCCUCACAGUGAAGACCUGACGAAACACCCUCAGAGCGAAAACCUGACGAAACACCCUCAGAGCGAAGACCUGACAAAACGCCCUCACAGUGAAGACCAGACGAAACACCCUCAGAGUGAAGACCUGACGAAACACCCUCAGAGUGAAGACCUGACGAAACACCCUCAGAGUGAAGACCAGACGAAAAUUCCUCAGAGCGAAGACCUGACGGAACACCCUCAGAGUGAAGCCCUGACGAAACACCCUCAGAGCGAAGACCUGACAAAACACCCUCAGAGCGAAUCCCUGACGAAACACCCUCAGAGUGAAGCCCUGACGAAACACCCUCAGAGUGAAGCCCUGACGAAACACCCUCAGAGUGAAGACCUGACUUGA